UUAGGCUAGGCCGCUAGGCGAACGCGAUUCAAGAUGACUUCCAGACUAUGUCCUCGUAAAUCUGGCGAACACAUUGUGAAACAUGCUAAAUAUAUAAAAGUGCUGCCUGCCGGCAUUGAGCGGCUUGCCAAGGAGAUUGUCGACGGUGUGAUUACGAAACGCAUUGAUGUCGCCAAUUUCUCACAGCAUGAGCUGCAUCCCAAGGCCAGCGACGAGCACGCUGCAAAUUGGAUUUUCCUUGUGGACACGCUGAACUUUUGCUUCUGGACGCCACAAAACUAUACUAAGUACAAGGUAAAUGGCUACACCGGCUACUUUGCAUUGUGUGCGGCCAUUAAUCGGGCCAUGUCGGAGGGCUUGGACAUAACGAACCCAGAGUUCUACUCCGAGAUAGAUCGGCAAACAUUGUCCUCUAUAUUCCGGGCUGACGAUGAGACCACAAAGAUUCCACUGCUUGACAAGCGUUUGCUCUGCCUGCAUCAGGUGGGCAAACGCCUGCUGACCAAUUGGCAGGGUCGUUUUGAGAACGUGGUCAAGGCGGCCAACCAUUCGGCCGUUGCUCUGCUGAAGCUGAUUGUGGACGAGUUUCCCUGUUUCCGCGACGAGGCGAUCUUUGCUGGCAAACGGGUGGCCCUAUGGAAGCGCGCCCAGAUCCUCGUCGGCGAUCUGUGGUCCUGCUAUCGUGGCCAGGGACUCGGCCAGUUUGACGAUAUCGAGAUGGUAACCAUGUUUGCGGAUUAUCGCGUACCGCAGGUUCUGGUGCACUUCGGCAGUCUGCAGUACUCGCCCGAGCUGCUCGAGGUGCUGCAGAAGGACACCAUCCUGGAGAACGGCCACGCCAUGGAAGUGGAGAUACGUGGCGCCUCAAUCCACAUCAUAGAGCAGGUCAAGGAUGCUGUGCUGGCGCAACUGAAAGAACAUCAUCCCGAUGUGGACACACGCAACGUCAACUCCAUUCUCAUCGAUCAAUAUCUGUGGGACUACCGACGCGCCCACGCCGCCGAGCUGGAGCACAUUCCAUUCCACAAGGUGCUCAGCAUCUACUACUGAAGCGAGAUUAGGUUAAGCUGUCGACUGUAAGAUCACGUUUGUAUCAAGCAUCACAAUUUCAUGCUUCCGUUGCGGUUCAUCGACAACGCGCGCGGGUCAAGAGCACAAUAAAGAAAUAAUCGACGCUUGAAUGA